UGUGGUUCAUGGAAGAAAACCAAAUUUUAAUCAAUUGAUAUUUAAGGCGCCGUCUGAAAGGACAUUUGCUCAACGACGUCUGUUCAAACUCUGAGAACCGGAGAAAUACAAACACCAUCAACAAAGCAAUUUCGCACAAAAGUGCAUCGUGGAACAAACAAAUUGAUUUUGUACGGAAAGAACGCGAAUUUUCUUUCGAUUUUUAAUACGCAACAUUUUAACCCGUUUGAUUGAAUUUGCAAUUGAGUGAAAGACACAUCAAAAUGGUCAUACCGGAGACGUCACACAAAGAAGAAGUGAUGAAAUUGAUAGCGAAAAAAGAGCAAAUCGAACGAUCUAUCAAUGAUUUCGGACAAAUUUUGGCAGCCAAUAAAAAUGUUGGUAUGAACGAGUCAUUGUUGGAUGCAGAGGGGUUUCCACGGGCUGAUAUCGAUGUGUAUGCCGUUCGUCAGGCGCGACAUGAAAUUAUCUGUCUGCAAAAUGACUUGAAAGCCACCAUGGGCGAAAUCGAAAAGGGUUUGAUCAAUGUACACGCCGAGGCGCGAACAAAUCACGCAACAACAACAACAAAAAUGGCCAACAUGGAAAUUUCCCCAGACACAACACCCGAAGAAUUGCCGUCGCAUCGCAUUGAAACCACCGUACACACCACACCAAUUUUGGUUGUGACAAUGGUCGCACCAUCCUCACCAGCCGAAGACUGUGGCAUUCGCAAAGACGAUGAAAUUGUCGAGUUUGGCUCAAUAAAUCAUGCGAAUUUCCGCGAAUUGAAACAAGUCAGCGAACUCGUAAUGCAUCGCCAAAAUCAACCGAUUACAUUGAAAAUGAAGCGACAAGGUCGCAAUCUUGAAAUCACAUUGAUCCCAAAAGCGUGGUCCGGACGAGGCCUUCUGGGAUGCAACAUUGUAAUUCCAAAUUCACAAUAAGAAACAUGUUCGAUUGCACACGUCGAUUCACAAUGUUCUGGCCCAAAAUAAACUGUCGCCCACUUCAAGAUGAUAGUUGCUUAUUAUUAAUGUUUAAGUGGAAUAAUUUUUAUUCAUAUUUAAUCGUAAUUUUUUGUUCUACUUCCAGAACAAAAACAAAAAUCGCUUCAAUUGAUUGACUUUGAUUGUACUGUAUCUGAAUUAAGAGAUAAAAACCAAUUUUUUUCCAAAAAUAAAGCCUUACAUUCAAUGAGUGUUUUAAAUAAGCUAACUUCGAUUCUUUUUCUAGGAUUAGUUGGCCGAAAGUCAUUUUUAGCAGCAGCUACUGAAGCCACAGCCGCUUGUUCGUCGUCUUCGUCGAAAAAUUGUUGGUUACCAUCGUCUAGAAUGUCGAGCACUUCCAGUUCAUAUACAGCGGGCGCCAGCUCGAUUUGCUAUGUAACCACUCCGAAUGAGGAAUCGGCCAAAAAGCUUGCCGGCGACCUUGUCUCAAGCAAAUUGGCCGCAUGUGUGAACAUUCUUCCCAACAUUCAAUCGGUCUACGAGUGGGAAGGUAAAAUCAAUGAAGACUUGGAAUAUUUGCUCAUGAUCAAAACAACCACCGAAAAUGUGCAAGAAUUGACCACCUAUGUGCGCGAAAAUCAUCCGUACAGCGUGGCUGAAGUGAUUUCGGUGAAGAUCGAAAGCGGUAAUCCUCCAUACCUCGACUGGAUUGCUAAAAAUGUGAAAAAACCAAACACGCCAAAUGAACCAAAAGCCUGAAUUUCCGAUAUUCACAACAGCAUUUAUUAGCGAUACUCAUUGUUAGCUUAAUGAAAACGGUAGAUAAAAGGAGAAGUUCAGAUAAAGUGUCAAUAUUUGAUAUACUUAAGAAGACAAGACUUUAUUUGGACAUAAAACUACAGCAUAAAGUACUAAAUGAAGUUAUUGAUGUUUGUUUGAUGUAUCUUUUGCCCCUUUGCAUGUGGUGAAUGUGCAACCAAAAGCUACGAAUAAAAUUCAGUCAAUUAUCGAGCAUAACAAAA